GUGACUCUGCGCGGAUCCGACAGUCCUUGUAAAGGCCGGCUGGAGGUGUAUCAUGGCGAUAAGAAGCAGUGGGGCUUGGUGUGUCAUUUCGGGUGGAAAAAAGAAAAUGGAGAGGUUGUGUGUAAAUCAAUAGGGUGUGGGAAUCAUAAACACUCUGAUCGAGAAUUGACCCUCUACAAAGAUUCACCUCUACCACAACAAUACUGGAUGGAUGAAGUGAAAUGCACAUCUAAAGAAGAGAGCCUUUGGAAAUGCCCAUAUGUUGACAUAACUAAAAAAGAGCAGUGUGAUGAAAGUAGUUUUGUUGCUGUUGAAUGCUCUGGAGAAGUUACACUGAGUUUGAAUCUGAAUGGACAGCAAGAUGUGCAAGUAUGUGCUGGUGUGGUGGAGUUCACAACAGCCAACGGCAUCAUUGGGGUCUGUAAUAAAAACUGGGAUAGAACUAAAGCAAACAAGAUAUGUCAGGAGCUUGGUUGUGGAGAUCAUCAUUACAUCCCCAAGCCUGGAAUGUUCAAAGAACAAACGAGCAAAAAAAAUGUAUUGCUUAAUUGUGUUAGCGAUGAGAAGUUCUCUUGGCAGUGUAUGGAGUGGGCAGAGUGCCAGGAACGAGCCAGUGUGAUCUGCAGCAAUCACAAGAGGUUCAGUCUACGAGAUGGCAGCAAUGCUUGCUCUGGGUUGGUGGAAGAGUACAGUUCCAAAAAAAAAUCAUGGGAUCUUCAGCAGACAAAUGUGAGGCCUGAAGUCAUCUGUACGCAACUGAACUGUGGUUCCACUGGAAGCUUUACAAAGGCUAAUGGAAAUAACAGACUGACAUGCUCAGACAGCGUGAAACUCCACAACUUCACAACAGAGUGUUUUGGAGAUGUUUCCAUUGAUGUGAAUGGUACUUACUAUGGAGUGUGCUACAGUAAUCUGGAUUCGAUUCAGUCCCGUGAAAAGAUGGGGGCGGUGGUCUGUCGAGAGCUUGGCUGUGGUGACAUAGUGCGUGUGAAACAGGGUUCCUCUGAUUCUAAUGGUUUGCUGAGUAAUGUUGAUUGUCAGGGCGAUGAGCGGUCACUGUGGCAUUGCCUGGCAAUUCGUGAGAAAAAACAAUGCUUGGGAACCAAAGUUAUAUGUUCAGGCAGCUUGGAUGUACGUUUGAGAGAUGGUCUGGGUCGCUGUUCUGGACGAGUAGAGGUGAAAUGGGAAGGCUCAUGGAGGUCCAUUCACUCUGACAGUGCCACUCUGAUUUCAGACAUGGUGUGUCAACAUCUUAACUGUGGUGCACCCUCAGAAAUUAGUAGAGAACUUUUCAUUGAAGGAGAAAAGGACCGACUGGAAUGGCUGUGGAAUGUCAGAUGUAGAAGUUCUUCAGCAAAGCUUCAUGAGUGUUUCUACAAUACUGACUUGAGGUCACCAGAUCAAAGCGAGAAAAACAUAGAAAUCAUUUGCAAAAAGGAAGAACUUAAAUUCUUUGAAGGCAAUUCUCCAUGCAAGGGAAAAGUGUGCAUCGAGAAAUUUGAUGGUAAUAAGCCUGACUGGCUGCCUGCAAAACCAGUGGAAGAGAAUAAGAAAAAAGCCACUGACAUAUGCAGUGCAAUGCAGUGUGGAUCUCUGGUCUCCUUUGAAACGGAGCAAAACACCACAUAUGCCAAAGUCACAUGUUCAGGGUCAAAGAGAGUGGAGCCUCGAGUGGCACUUCAAAACCCGUUUGGAGAAAAAUGCUGGGGAAUGGUGAAGGUCUGCGGAGAUGGCAAGUGUGGAGGGGUUUGCAGCAACACUUGGAGAACAAAUGACUCCAAAACGAUCUGUGAGAACCUAGACUGUGGAAAUCCAAUUCGGGCCCAGUUACCACUUCAGAUAAAUAAUCUACCUGCCACUUACCGUAGUGUGUACUGCUCAGAAAAAGUACAAAAUAUGAACAUGUGCAAUUUUAUUCCCAACAAAAACUCCACCUGCAAACCCCUAGCCCAAGUGAUAUGCACAGACAGCGUCAAAGCUAAACUGGAGGAUCCAAGAGACAAAUGCGCUGGAAAAGCAUUACUGUUUUACGGUGGGAAGUGGACACCCAUCUGCCAAGACAGUCUUGAUGCAAACCUUAAAAAUGUAAUCUGCAAGGAACUAUUUUGUGGCGAGAGCAUAAAUGACCAACAUGAUUUGAAAUCUGAAUCCACAGGACUAUCAAAAAUUAAAUGUCCAGCUAGUGCCAACUCUGUUUCCAAAUGUGACCUCAAAGAGGUUUCAGAGAAAGAAUGUAUUGUUGGCUAUCUGAAAUGCACAGAAUGGGAACGAUUGCUCCUCUAUAAUAAGAAAAGCGCAUGCAGUGGUCCAGUAUAUGGUCUGCGAGAUGGCAAAACACAGCUAGUCGGCAGCAGUGGAUGGGGCAGAGAGGAAGGACAAAUUCUGUGCAAGUAUCUACAGUGUGGAAAUUACAUAUCACACUCCAAUAUAACCAAAAACACAGAUGAGUGGUGGAAGAAGACCUAUGAUUGCUCAGGGAAGAAGAAUAUUUGGGAAUGCGAGACCAAUGAUCAGUCCAACCAGACUCAGCAGUUAAACAUCCAAUGUGACAGUAAACCUCGAAAAAUUUUGCUCUCAGACAACUGCACAGGUUAUGUGUUCAUAAAUAAAGAACAUGUUUGUGCAUCCUGGUGGGAUGAUGGGAUGUCCAACAAGUUAUGUGACAGCCUCAAUUGUGGUAAGGCACUCCACAGCUGGGUCACAGAGUCUGUUAUUAAAACAAAUACCUGGCAUUUCAGCUGCACUGGCAAGGAGACACUGAUGUGGCAGUGUGGCUCUAGAAGUGACAGCUGUAAGAAAAUCCUCUCUGUGGCCUGCAAAGGUAGUGUUGAAUUCAGCUCUACUGAGAAGUGUGGCGGGAAGCUUGGGAUCAGGUAUAAAGGGCAAUGGGAAUAUGUCUGUGGAGAACUGGCUGAAGCUGAUACCAAGAAGGUUUGUGAUGUGCUUAAUUGCAACAAUCAAGAACUGCUGGAUGAAGAGAAAAUUGCAAAGGAAAUAAAGGUGAAAAUUGAAUGCCCAAAAAACCAUUACAACAUUUUUCAGUGCAUGCACCAUCUCGGAAACAAUACAUGCAGUAAUCGACCUGCUGAAAUCAAAUGUGAAGGUUAUACUCCAAAAGGAGGUAAUUCUUCAGUGGGUCUGAUAUUGGGUCUGUUAGGAGUUGUGCUGGGGUUGCUGAUUUUGUUUUUAAUGUGGAGAAAUCGGAAACGCCUACUUUUAACCUUAACUCAUUACAGAAAUAAAAAUGGCAAAGACGUCAACCCUGAUGUGAAUGAAAUGGAUCAGAUGGAUACAGAGGACAGAGGUAUACUGUUUAAUUUAAUUAUUAUUACUUUGAACAUUUCAGGAGAAGAGGAUGAAGAUGACAGAAAGAGAGGUUCUUCUGGGACAGAAUAUGAUGACAUUGAGGAACAAGCCAGUGGAAUCUUUCCUUCUCAAACCCACCAUGAUGAAGACCUCGACCUCCCUCUCCUUCCCAAGAGACCCGAGAACAUUCUUGAUCAGGACACCUAUGAAGUGGAGACAGAGAAACAGGAGGACUAUGAUGAUGUCAUUCCUGUCGUGGCUGCAGCCAAUGAAAAUGCAGGGAUGACAGGCACACGAGCACAUGUAGAUGUAGAUGUGGAUGAAGGUGCAGAUUCAGAUUUAGAUGCAGGUUCAGUUGCAGAUGUGGUAUUGGUGACCACAGAGGUAGAGGUUCAUGCUCAAGCAGAGUAAUGAAGCAGCCACGUGACCAAAUUGUUCUUUUGAGUUAAUAUUAAUAAGAGAUAAGAUUGUAUGUUCUUAUAACAGUAGAAUAUUAGGAAGAAAAUCUGGACAAACAAAUGCUGUUUAAUGAUGCUAGCUCUAAAGAUUUCUCUCAAGAUGUAUUAAAGAAGGGACACAUACACAAAACUGAUUUGGAAUAACAAAAUCUUUAAUUAUCGUCACAACAGUGUAUGAACUGAUGAAAAGAGCUAAUUUUUGAGCC